AUGUUGUCGAGGACCUCUCAACGAACAGCGCAGACGCUCCUGCGGGGCGCGAAGCCUGCCGCUCGAUGGGCAUCCCCAAUGGCUACUCGAUCAAUGGCCACGGUCACCCAGGACAUCUUCAAGCCCACCAAGUUCGGCGGCAAAUACACUGUCACCUUGAUUCCUGGUGACGGUAUCGGUGCUGAGGUCUCCGAGUCGGUCAAGGAGAUCUUCAAGGCGGACAACGUCCCCAUUGAGUGGGAGCAGGUCGACGUGUCUGGUGUCGACUCGGGCAACGUCCACUCCGAGGAGCUCCUCCGCGAGUCGAUUGCUUCGCUCAAGCGCAACAAGCUCGGUCUUAAGGGUAUCCUCCACACUCCCGUCGAGCGCUCCGGCCACCGUUCCUUCAACGUUGCUCUCCGUCAAGAGCUCGACAUCUACGCCUCCAUCGUCCUCCUCAAGAACAUCCCCGGCUACGAGACGCGCCACAAGGACAUCGACUUCUGCAUUAUCCGUGAGAACACCGAGGGUGAAUACUCCGGUCUCGAGCACCAGUCGGUCAACGGCGUCGUUGAGUCGCUCAAGAUCAUCACCCGUGAGAAGUCGGAGCGCAUCGCCAAGUUUGCCUUCGCCUUUGCGCUCGCCAACAACCGCAAGAAGGUUACCUGCAUCCACAAGGCCAACAUCAUGAAGCUUGCCGAUGGUCUGUUCCGCAACACUGUCAAGCGUGUUGGUGAGGACUACCCCACUCUCGAGACCAACGACAUGAUCGUCGACAACGCCUCCAUGCAGUGUGUCUCAAGGCCACAGCAAUUCGACGUCAUGGUCAUGCCCAACUUGUACGGAGGUAUCCUGUCCAACAUCGGUGCCGGUCUUGUCGGUGGCCCUGGUAUCGUCCCCGGUUGCAACAUGGGCCGCAACGUCGCCGUUUUCGAGCCUGGAUGCCGUCACGUCGGUCUCGACAUCAAGGGCAAGGACCAGGCCAACCCCACCGCUCUGAUCCUGUCCGCUGCCAUGAUGCUCCGUCACAUUGGUCUCGAUGACCACGCCAACCGCAUCUCGCAGUCCGUCUACAAGGUUAUCGCUGACGGCACUGCCCGCACACGCGACAUGGGAGGCAACACCACCACCCACGAGUUCACCCGCGCAGUUCUGAACCAGAUGGAGAAGGCAUGA